AUGAAGCUAUCCCAUCCCCAGGUUGUCGAGCCCAAGAAUGGCAAUGACAACCAAGACCAUGGACAAGGACCAUCGCCGUCCAUCCUGUCAGGACCUGAAAAGAUACUGUCGAUUAUCAUCAUCUCCACCAUGACUUUCCUGGGUCCGGCACCGUUGAGCAUCUACUUUCCCAUCCUGGGUAGUUUGUCGCGAGAUCUGCACGUCUCCCCCAGUCGAAUGAGCCUGACCAUCACCGUGUACAUGAUUACCCAAGCCCUCUUCCCCCUGCUGACGGCGAGUUUUUCCGACCAACGUGGACGUCGGCCGGUCUUCAUCUUCUGCCUGACGAUAUAUGUCGGCGCCAACAUCGGUCUCGCGUCACAGACCAGCUUUGCCGCACUGAUUGCGCUGCGCUGCCUGCAGAGCUUCGGCGCCAGCAGUUUGUCCGUGGUGGGCAUCGCCGCCAUGACGGAUAUCAUCACCCGUGCGGAACGUGGGAAGUACCGCAUCUACACCUCCUCGGGCUACACCUUGGCCAGCCUGCUCGGCCCCGUCACGGGUGGCCUCCUCGCACAGUUCCUCGGGUGGCGAAGUGUGUUCUGGUUCUUGGCCAUAUUUGCUGGGGUCACGCUCCUUCUCGUCCUGGUAUUCUUGCGCGAGUCAUGUCGCGCGGUGGUCGGCGACGGGAGCGUGUCCCCGCAGCGCUGGAACCGGGCUCUAGUUGACUGGCUGCAUCCGCUCGAAUACUGUCCAGAAUCGCCCCCUCGGCCCCCUUUGACUUGGAGGCGCGGAGUCCUCGAUACUAUCCGACUUCUCGGCAGCUGGCAGACUGGUUUGCUGGUGGGGUCUCAAGCUGUCCUCUUCUGCGGCUCCAUGGCCAUCUUCGCCAGUAUCCCGCUGCUCUUCCAGCGCCAAUACGGAUUCCAGAUCUGGGAGAUUGGGCUCGUUUACGUGCCCUAUGCCGCCGGCGGAUUCGCCGCCCGCUGGAUAGUCAGUCCUCUCACGGCGAAGAAUACGCAGCGAUACCGCCGUCACAUCGGCGCGGAGGUCAUAGACCCCCGAGAGUUCCCUUUCGAGCGUGUCCGUCUGGAAGUCAUCCUCCCUCUAGUCUACCUAGCCUGUGUCUGGGUUAUCGUCUACGGCUGGCUUAUGCAGCGGGAUGUCCAUGUGGCCGGCCCACUGGUGGUUCUCUUUUUCACUGGAAAUGCUACCACGGGGGCAAGUAUCGGACUCACUGGGUUGCUGCUGGGAAUUCAUCGACGCCAACCCGCCAUGGCGCUGGCGGCGGCCAAUAUGGCACGGUUCCUGUGCGCUGCUGGCGCGGUAGCUGCUAUCAUCCCUGGAAUCGAGCUGAUCGGCAUCGGCUGGAUGGUGACAGUGGUAGCUGGGGUGUAUCUGAUGGUGUCGGGGGUGUUGUGGGUGGUGUAUUAUUAUGGACAGAGCUUGCGGAACAGCAAGAAGAAGGGGUAG